AUGCUCAAAAUUUUGAAAGGACAGGAUCAAAUUCGGCGGAUCAUUGUGUGCGAGGAGUCCGGAAACGCUUCGUCUCUUCCGCUACUUCUCCACUUUCUCUCCACAACCUCCAGUUCAAACCAGAAAGUGGCUAUCGUCUCCAGUAGAUUCACAGAGACUAAUUACAAGUGAGUAUUCCCGGUAGCAGUCGGUCUGGAAUCUUACAAGUCUAGAAUAAUUACUCGAAAAUUCUCGCGAAGACAUAUUGCUCGGAAACUUUAUUUUUUCGCGAAUUGCGUGUGCGUUUCUCAGGGAACUCGCAAUUAAUUGUGCCCUAUAUUCAGGCUGUAAAAAAAAUAAUUUUUUCCGUUUUUUUACGUCAAAAACCCAAUUCAGCGAUGUAAAAAAACGAAAAAAAAACUGGACUUUUGAACCACUAAGUCCACUUGCAAUAUUCCGAGCAGACCCAAACUUUGCAGGAUUGUUGGACUUGGAUUGCGGGCCAUUGGGUCCAAAUUUCAGCCCGAUCGGAUCGUCGGGUCCCGAGAUAUGUGGAUCAUUGGCCGAUUUUUUCCAAAAAGCCCGGGCUUCCGGCCAAUUUCGGCCAAUGAUCCACAUUUCUCGGGACUAAAUAAUCCGAUCGGGCUGAAACUUGGUCCCAAUAUGCUUCAACCCAUGUUCAAGAAGCCUGCAAAAUUUGGGUCCGAUUGGAAUAUUGCAUGUGGUUCAAAAGCCCAGAUCUAGGGCCGGCCAACGAAAAGUCCGUGCCGGCCAAUUGCCCAGCUCUGAAUCUCAGUAAAUUUGCAAUCUAAUUAGGGCGGUUGUAAACGCGUAUUAGCUAGCUAUUUAGAUUGAUAAAGCUUUCCCUGAGUCAGACUGGUGAACCCGAGGACUACGGGUAAAAUUGUUACGUUCUAACCAUAAAUAUUAAUUUUCAGAUUGAUCUGCUCAAAAGCUGGUGUUCGCUGGGAUCCAUCCAAAAUCACAUUCUCCGAUGUUUUGCAGCCUUUCGGAUAUUUGGAUGUGACCGCAAAUCAAUUAAUGGAGCAAAUUCGCAGUGUAAAUAAAAAUUGUCAAAAAAUUACAGUAAUUUCAACUCAAUUUUCAGAAUAUCACAGAGUCUAACCCGUGCGCCGUUCUUUUUGACGACUUGUCAAUUUUAGAACAGUUUGGAGCAAAAUCAGUUGAAGUUGCUGUUUUCGUCCAUGAAAUGUACACUCUGCUGAGUAAUGUGUCUCCGGAACACGCUCUUGUUUUCGCCUCAUUCUCCAUUCCUACAAACACGAUAUCCCUACUUCGAAGUAGAUGUAAUGUCUUAAUUCAUCUGAAUCCAGUCGGGCAUGGAUUCGGAAAAGAAGCGUCGUCGAAGGUAACGAAAAUAUUGAAAGAAAAACUUUAUAAUACUUCGAUUUUCAGGCAGUACUCACAAUCCGAGAUUCUGAUCUUCGCACGACAAAAAAAGGAAUUCUUCUCUCUGGUGAAAGAGCGAUCAAUGGAACGUGGAUCACAGUUGAUUAA